AUGUCUAUGAAUUCUGUGAGUAGGAUUUGUAGAACAACAAAUGUGUGGAGAAACUGGACGCUGUCCCGGCACCUCUCCUUUAUUUAUUCUAACUUCGGGUCCAAACUCGAUCGUUUAAAUGCAGAAAAGGUCACUUCCUUGAAUUCGUAUCCCAGUUAUGAUCCUUCAGUCAAUACGGUGUCAACCUAUCCAGUUGGAUACAACGCCGUUGAGCAGCAGGUCCAGCCCUUUGGACAGGUACCCAACUACAACGUAGUUCCGAACCAAUACGGAUUUCAACCUUCAAUACCAUUCACCUUCAAUUCAUACGGCUCGGUUCCAUACUCACGUCCAAAUUACUUUAAUAAUUAUAGCAGGCCUUACAAGUUUAACAGGAGGCCUGGUUUUAGGAGAUACUCAAUGUCAAGUAAGAUGCAUACUCAACAAAUAUUUUCAGCGCAAAAAAGCUUCGACAUUCCAGUGUCUUCAGUCGACUGGAAUAAGGAGGAGCUUGUGGAGAUUAAAAAGGACUUUUACGACCUGAGCUACGAGGCCGACAGCAGGCCCGGAGAGGAGAUUGAGCGGAUACUCUCGUCUCACAACAUAACGAUAGAGGGGGAGCACCCGCUGCCGAAGCCGGUCAACACGUUUGACGAGGCAGUGUUUAACGAGCCCAUACAGAAAAUCAUCAAGGACUCUAAGUUCGUAGAGCCCACGCCUAUCCAAAAGGUGGGCUGGACUUCCUGCCUAACAGGGAGGGACGUCGUUGGUGUGUCGCAAACUGGGUCUGGAAAGACGCUGACCUUCCUUCUUCCUGGAAUGUUGCACCUGAUGGCGCAGCCGCCUGUGGGCAAGGGAGGUCCCAUCAUGCUCAUUUUGGCUCCGACCAGGGAGCUCUGCCUCCAAAUAUCGGACGAGGCCACGCCCUACUCGAAAAUGUUAGACUUGAGGCUCGUCUCCGUCUACGGAGGCGCCUCCAAGUACGUGCAGAUGAAGCAGUUCGAGAACGGCGCCGAGAUCAUGGUCGCCACGCCCGGGAGGCUCCUCGAGUUCCUGAGCACCGGCAGCCUCAAGUUGAACCGCGUCAGCUACUUCGUGAUGGACGAGGCCGACCGCAUGCUCGACAUGGGCUUUGAGCCUCAGAUCCGGAAGAUCAUCGGCCAGAUAAGGCCCGACCGCCAGACGCUCAUGUUCAGCGCCACGUGGCCCAAGGAGAUCCGCAGGCUCGCCUCCGAGUUCUGCAAGCCUGACUUCAUUUACAUUCAGGUCGGCGACCUUGAGUUGACUGCGAACGAGAACAUAACUCAGAAGGUCCAGGUCAUGAACUCCUUUGAAAUCAAGGACAGCUUGUUCAACUUUUUGGACUCUCUCCCUCCCUCCAAGAAGGUUCUCAUUUUCUCCGACCUCAAGUCCUUUUCCGACCAGCUUGCCAGCAAUUUACGUUAUCGCAAGUUCCGGGCUGCUUCUCUGCACGGCGACAAGUCGCAGGCUCAGCGGGAGCGCAUCCUCCGCAUGUUCAGGACUGGCGAGUGCAACAUUCUCGUGGCCACUGACGUGGCUGCUCGCGGCCUCGACAUCAAGGACAUUGACUACGUUGUCAACUUGGACGCUCCAAAGACCCUUUUGGACUACAUUCACAGAAUUGGACGCACUGCUCGUGGCGGCAGCAAGGGCAACUCCUUACUUUUCUUCGCCAGGGACACUCUUAACCCUAGCAAGGUCAAGUUCGCUCAGGACCUGUCCAACUUGCUUUCCAAGGUUAACCAGGAGGUUCCUCCUGAGCUCACAAGCAUUGCCAACUCCCUGUGA